AUGGCAUGUCACCCAGCCGAAACAUCUUCAAAGGUAUUUCUCGGGGUACCAAUUAGAACGGAAGACCGGCACCCCUGUGCUUCGCCGGAGCUUACCCCAUACGGGUCUCCCGGAGGCUUCGGUAGUCGGUCCGGCAACGUAAAGGGGAAAGUAGGGACACAUCCGGCCUUGAGGCCAUCACAAAUUGAGCGUCCCGGCCGACUACCGGCAUCCACACUCUCAUUGAAGAGUGAAACCAGCGGGUCUUUUUCUAAUUGCGUGCUGAGCCGCCGACGACAAAUUGGUCAGAGCCGUUUUAUUCUAUGGACUUUUCCUUUAUGCUGCGUUGGUUCAUUCUUGUUUGCAUACGACACCGGUAUCAUUGGUGGCAUCCUCACCUUCCAGGGCUUCCAGGAGGACUUUCGUUAUGGCCCGUCCCAGAAGGCCACCGUCGGGUCGAAAUCUACAAGUUUGUUGCAGGCAGGAGGUAGGCCACUAGUGACCCUUACUUUGGUCAGAGGUUCUCUGCUAACCGUGUCAAAACACCCAGCCUUCUUCUCCUGCUUCUUCAUCUGGCCUUUUACUGCGAAAUACGGCCGUAGAUGGUCAAUCAACCUCGCCUCGAUAAUAUUCUGCGCCGGCGCAAUCGUCCAAACGAUCAACACCCACUCUCUAGCCGCCUUCUACGUCGCACGAGUUGUCAGUGGUAUCGGCGUCGGCAUGGCUACAGUCGUGAUUCCCAUGUACUCGGCAGAGAUGGCCCCCAAAAACAUCCGCGGGAUGCUCGGCAGCAUGUUUCAAUUCUUCUUCACGAUGGGUGUCAUGACGUCGUAUUUCAUCGACUAUGGCGUGAGCAAGCAUGUCAAGUCAUCUACCAGACAGUGGCAGAUCCCUGUUGGGUUACAGCUUGUUCCUGGAGCAAUUCUCGGGUUGGGAAUGUCGUUUUGCAAAGAGAGUACACGAUGGUUGGCCAAGACUGGGCAGAGGGAGGAAGCACUGCAGUCUCUCAUUUGGGUCCGUGGCGGUGAUGCGCCUGAAGUACAAGAAGAAUUUGCCGAGAUCAUUGCCAGUAUAGAACAAGAGAGAAAUCAAAAAGAGGGACUCACUUGGAGAGAAUUGAUCCAGCCUGUCAACCGCUACCGCAUCUUCCUCAUCAUUGUUUUUAGCUUCGGCAACAUACAUCCCCUAGGCGUGCAACUUACCGGCAAUACAUCUUUGGCCUAUUACGCCCCGCAAGUCUUCGCAGCCGUUGGCGCAGGACAGAAUAACCUCCUCAUCACAGGCUUCUUCGGCCUAGUCAAGGUCGUGUCGUGUCUCUUCUAUCUUCUUUUCCUCGUCGAACGCAUCGGACACCGCGGCUCGUUGUUGGGUGGAGCAUUCAUAAUGGGGACGUACAUGCUCAUCAUCGCCUGCCUCACCGCAACCCACCCGCCCAAGUCCGUAGACCAGGGCUUGACCUCGACGGCCAUUGCCUCAAUGACAAUGAUCUACCUUGAAGCCAUGUCGUACAACAUCUCAUGGGGCCCAGCAACAUGGGCUACGCCACACGCCGUUCGAAAUCUCGGGUGGAAGACAUUUCUGAUGUUUUGCAUCUUCAAUUGGGCACUCGUGGUAUUUGUCUGGUUCUUCAUCAAGGAGACGAAAGGAAAAUCUCAUGAAGAGAUGGACGCAUUAUUGUCUGGAAAGUCUAUCAGCAACGACACAGAGAAUUCUGUCGAGAAGCACGCCGAAGAGAGGGAGCCCAAUCCAGUCCUCAGAAAUAUCAGUGAUAAGCUUCAAUGA